AUGGCUCCGCCCAAAUGGAGCCUGUCGCUCAAAGGCGCCAUGGCGCCGGCCAAAGCACCAGCCGCAGGGCAGGCGCGCCUGCAGUUUGAUGAAGAGGAUGCACCAUCUCAUGUGCCUAACCCCAGCUCGCGAUCAGCAGCGCCUGUAUCGAAAGCUGUGCGGCGGCAACAGGCAGAGGCGGAAGCGAUCGAUGCCAGUACAUUUGACUACGAUGGUGUCUAUGAUAAGAUGAAGCAAGUUGAGCGCGAUAUGCGCCAGGCGAAAAAGGAAGAAGAUAAAUCCAGGAAGCCGAAGUAUAUGCAAAACUUUAUGGAGGCUGCUGAAAUUCGUGAGCGCGAUCGACUGCGUGCCGAGUCCAAAAUGAUUCAGCGCCAACGAGCCGCCGAAGGGGAUGAGUUUGCCGGCAAAGAGGCCUUUGUAACCUCUGCGUACAAGGAGCAGCAAGAAGAGCUCCAACGUGCGGAAGAAGAAGAAAGUAUUCGUGAAGCGCGGGAACGGCAACGAAGUCGAGGCGUCGCUGCCUUCCACCAAAAGAUCUUGGACGAGGAAAGUCGGCGAAGGCAAGCGACUGUCGAUGCCCUAGCUGAUCUGAAGCCAGACGAUGCAGCAGCUGCGCCAGUAUCGGAAGAAGUAACAGACCGGAUGAAGGCCGAGCAGGCAGCCAAGCAAGGCCUGAAAGUGGAACUGAACGAUGACCACCAAAUUGUCGAUCGACGUGAUCUUUUGCAGCGUGGCUUGAACGUCAUGCGCAAACGCAAAGAGCCGGACAACGAAACGCAGGACACACCCCCAGUUUCAUCUCGCGCGAAACGAAGUCAGCUCAUGGAGGAAGCGCUGCUGGCCAAGCUCAUGGGCAGCGACGAAGAGGACAGCUCAUAG